AUGGGUGCCGUCAUUCAGGCUGUUGAGCGGCUUUCGACGAACUCUGACCUUGUGGCAGACGGAUCUCGUGGCAACACUCUCCCGACCGUGGUCGGCAAACACAAGGACCUCAAUGCUAUAGCCCCGGAAACAAUGUCUGAGGUACUGAACGGUUCCUUCGACCAACAUAUUGAUCAGCUGACAGUCAUAGACUGCAGGUACCCGUACGAGUUCGAAGGAGGCCACAUCCGGGGCGCCAUUAAUCUCUUCACGAAGGACGCCGUUCAAAACUUCCUCAACGAGACUGUGACUUCACAAGAUAUGAAUCACGUAAUCAUAUUCCACUGCGAAUUCUCAUCAGAACGAGGCCCAAAGAUGUACCGCCAUCUUAGAUCGCUGGACCGUGAAUUGAACAAGGAGUCUUACCCGCGACUAAAUUUCCCAGAGGUUUAUCUCUUGGAGGGCGGAUACAAGGCGUUUUACCACCAGUUCAAGAACCAGUGCUUCCCCCAGACCUACGUCCCCAUGUUGAAACAGGAGCACGCGAACGACUUACGUCACUUCCGGGUCAAGUCCAAAUCCUGGGCAGCAGGCGACAAACCGCGCCACAGGUCACGUGUGGUUACAACCGGAAGAACCGUCAGGCUCGCCUUCUAA